AUGAAAGUGUGUGUACAUGCUGCGCUGUUGGCUUUGAUUGCCUCUCAGGCCUCGGCUGCGUCGAUGCAGUUUGACUUCGGCCGCACAAACCUCCAAUCGCCUUUCAAUCCAGGCACGGACGGUUGGAACAACAUCGUCCCCGCGACCACCGAUCUGUUCGCGAUCUUCGACGAGAACGGAGCGAUUGUCCCGGGCGUCUCCUUGUCGAUCACCGACACCUUCUUCCAGACCGGCGAGCCCUCGUCGCUCGGCUCCGAGUCUCCCUCUGGCGACGCGGCAGGUUACCCCGUGUCGGCAACCGACGACUACUUCUUCGGGCACUCGACGGCUUUCGCCGGCGCCGAUCCCAACCCCUACGGCGAAGUGACCCUGCGCGGGCUCGAUCCGUCGCAAGUCUACGAUUUCACGUUCUUUUCAGCCCGCAACGGGAUCGGCGACAACCGCGACACCGAGUUUAUCGUGACCGGCGCCAACUCCGGCUCGGGGGUCGCCUCGACGGGCAACAACGACACGGAGGUGGUGAAGAUCCUCGGCAUUGCGCCAGAUGGCAACAAUGAGAUCUCGGUCGGUGUCCAGGCAGGUCCGGACAAUAACAACACCAUUGGUUUCUUCUACAUCAACUUGAUGGACGUGAGUGUUGGCAUCCCCGAGCCGACCACGGGCGUCUUGCUCGCGAUGGGCGGGUUGUUGGUUGCGGCGGCUCCCAAGAACGUCUUGUUCUACGGCAAUAGCUUUACACUGGGUUUUGGGAGCACAACCAGUGUUAACGCGUUGUUCGAGGACAUCGCGAUCGCCGCGGGCCACGACGCGCCUUUGGUGCAAUCGGCGGCCGCAAGCGGUCAAGACAUCGAGUGGCACUUGAACAACAACACCGCGGCGAUCUUCACCCUGAUCCCACCCGAUCGGGAUUGGGACGCCGUGGUGAUGCAAGAGCAUUCGACGAAGCUGACGCGGGCCUACACCGGUAACCCACGGUUCCCGGACAGCGUCGACGAGUCAAAGUCGACGGUCGUCGAUCUCUACAACACGGUCCAACUGCGCAGCCCGAACGCGGUGCCGGUGUUGUACGAGACCUGGGCGCGUGGCCCGGGCCACACGUUCUACACCCCGCCGAACGUCAUCUUCACCGAUCCGGCGGAGAUGCAGGCAGAGGUCCGUGACGGCUACGACGCCUUGAAGGAAGCGAUCGACACGGAGGAAGGAGCGCCCACCGCUUUGAUCGCGCCCGUGGGGGACGCGUGGGAAGAGGCGAACUACGACAACCUGCACGCCAACGAUAACUGGCACGCAGGCAACCGCGGGACGCUUCUGGCCGCGCUGGUCAUCUACGGCACCGUGUACGGUGACACGACCACGUCCGACAUUCCGCUUGAUGCGAUCCUGACGAGCGUCAACCUCGGCCCCGACGACGGGGCUUUUUUGACCGCCGCGGCGGACGCGGUGCUGAACCCGAUCCCGGAGCCCUCCUGCGUGCUACUGGCUGCGAUGGCGAUCGUUUCGCAGGCAGCCAGACGUCGCCGGUGA